AUGACUCCUGUCGCCUGGAACUUGCCAAUGGGCACUCUUCUCGGGGCUGCGGUAGGCAGGAUCUUACUCCAGACAGACCUACGCCGUGCUGACAUAGAAAAGGACCCGGGAUCGGACGUCUACAAAAAUCUUCACCAUUUUGCGGACAACCUGUCCAUCAAACACAGAAUUCAUGAGGAUCAGGCUGCGCCAAGUGCUCAAACCCGUUCAACAAAAGAUGUUACGAGUGAAAAGCUGCUCGAUGCUGACGACAGAAAAUGGCUGCAAAGACAGAUUGACAUGCGGUCAGAGAGCAUUCUCGAUUACAGCACAGAGGUUGAGAAACUGGAGAAACAGCUCCAAGAAGAGAUCAAGAUGUCUGCUGAUCUCUUCGAAGACCUGAGCCGGGUGACCAAUGCGCUGGAUGCCAGCAUCGCGGCGAAGAAUGGACCUGCGGACGGACCCGGCGAUUCGACCACAGACCUCAGGCUCCUGCCUGACGCGACAAGACUUCAGGUCUUUCAUCACAUGCUAGAUUUAUCUCUUACCAGAAAAGUCCUCCAAGAGAAAGCGGCAAUUGGCAAGCAGGCCAUCUCCUUCCACACAAAACUAAAGGAUUUGCUGUGGCAGUCUAGAAGUUUGGUGGUGGCGAAAGGCCGCCGGUUGGGGAUUGACGUCGGGGCGGGUCCCUUCAGGAACCCCAUGUCGAGGCUCAAGAUAGAAAUGAAGGAGCAGGGAGACGAUCAAGUUGCAGGGGCCUUGGAGCUACAGGAACAGCUGUACCACUUGAAUGUGUCAUGUGGCCUCGAAUGCAGGUGUUGGCCGGAGGCUGAGAUUCCGUCACCAGCGCCCGUGUCGGGAGCCAGGCAGACAGGGCGUGGAGACAACUGA